UAGCGUUUAGAUAGAAUUUGCUUACAAUAUGGCGAGAGAGCAGUGGGAAUAUAUGCAGGAAAAAUAGCAACUUUUUUUCAGUGUUCAGUGGUGCGCAGGGAUAUCCAUAAAAAACAUGGAUAUGUACGAGAACCUCGGAAUAGUUGGUGAGGGAAGUUAUGGAACAGUAUUGAAAUGCAGACACAAAGAGACAGGGCACAUUGUGGCCAUCAAGAGAUUCAUUGAUAAGGAGGAGGACAAAACUAUGAAGAAAAUUAUCUUGAGAGAAAUCAAACUGUUGAGGCAAUUUCGCCAUGAAAAUCUUGUCAACAUGUUGGAAGUAUUCAGAUACAAGAAGCGCCUGUGUGUUGUUUUUGAGUUCAUUGAUCACAAUGUUUUGGAGGACCUGGAACGACAUCCUAAUGGUUUGGAGACUAGACGUCUCCGGAAGUUCAUUUUCCAGAUAUUGAGAGGAGUUGAUUAUCUUCACACCAGUAAUAUUAUUCAUAGAGACAUAAAGCCAGAGAAUGUGCUCGUGUCCAAUGCUGGCAUAGUCAAGGUCUGUGACUUUGGCUUUGCUCGGACACUGGCGCCGACUGGCGAGCCCCUCACUGAUUAUGUGGCCACCAGGUGGUAUCGAGCCCCUGAGCUACUUGUGGGGGACAAAAAUUACAGCAAGCCUGUGGAUGUCUGGGCUGUUGGCUGUUUGAUAAUAGAGAUGGCUACUAGCAAUGCCUUUCUGACAGGUUCAUCUGACCUAGAUCAGGUACACAAGAUCGUCUGCAAAGUGGGUCCUUUAACCCGCCAUCAACUGGACCUGUAUUUCAAGAAUCCAAUAUUUGCUGUGGCCAGGCUUCCUGAGGUUCAGGUGCCCAAAGAUCACAGAAAGAAAUUCUAUCAACUCCCAGUUACAUUGGCUGACUUGGUGGAUGCAUGUCUACAGAUAGAUCCGUCUGACAGGGCCACCUGUUCCAAACUGCUCAUUCAUCGAUACUUCACAAAAGACCAGUUCGGUGAAAGAUUCAUUCCAGAGUUACAGGCACUAGUUAUGAAGGAUGCCAAAUAUUACAACACUCAGUGGUGCCAUAGUGGGACUGUGGAGCAAACUGAGGAGCUGCCUGUGUGCUCAUCAUCUCACGCCAAGAGACGCGCCAGAGAAGCUGAAAGAGACAGACGAGGCAAAGAGGAAACGACCGAGCCCAAGCACUCCAGAGCCAGCCGGAGGCAUGGGAGGAUGGUGGUGGACAGCCCGGUCAUCCACACCACGGCCUCUUCUCCUGACAUGAUGCUUGAGAAAAGCGUCAUUCCCAUCACCUUCACCAUGCCCCGAAUCAGCCAGGGCAAUAACCUCUUAGGAGCAGCCCCAUCCAACAUGGAGGUCAACAAAACCCGGGCAAACAAGACGAAACGAAGAUCAAGUCCCUCCGAUAUGGCUCUGUUAAGUAGCCAGCAGGCUGAGGGGAAAACUCAGCUGCAAAAUGAUGGACUUGGACUGCAGGUUGAGAUGAUGGGCCUGACCAAGAAAAAAGUACGGACUGUCGGGGAUGUGCGUUUCCCUGAUCUUCCCAUAGUUGGUCACCAGAUGGAGAUAAAGAGCACAGACGUCAAAUCAGCAAAGCACUCGAGAAGAGAGCAGAAGAAAGGUGAUGACUCUAAAAUACCAACAUUAGUUCAGUUUGACUCUGACUUGGGAAAUAGGCCCUAAAAUAGGUGAUUUUCAAGUUAUGAUGGGACUGAGCAGACAGAAAAAGAGAAACUGAAUGCUUUAUUCAAAGGAAUUCUUAACAUGAAAUGAAAUACCUAUAAAA